CUCCGAUCAAAUUUGUCUCAACGGCAAGCCCCUCCCACCUUAUGGAAGUGUAUUCUUGGGAUAUCGUACAAGCUACUAUCUUGUCCCAAGCUGAAGUAGCAGGCACGCCUAUACCGGAGUCACUUUUUGAAAGAAACAACUUUUUUUCACCCCAAGGCUUGGGAUGCAAUCUUACAUUCUUUGAAGUGUCCAGCAAAGGCGCAGAGAAGCUUGCGGAAUAUGUCUCUCAGGAAUAUCUUGGGACAAGCGGUGGACUGACGCUAUCUGGUAUACCGCCACAUGUCUAUACCGAUAUCACACCAUGCAACAUAUCAACAGCACAGCAAUUCACCAAAGCUGUACAGAAACUCAAGAAACGGAACAAAGCCAAUGACCGGUUGCGGGAUGCCAUUGCUAUGUGGAAGAAUGCAUCUGAUCUUGUCAACUCAAAACGAUAUGUUUUCAUCAGUUUUGAUAUCGAAGUAUACGAAAUGGAUCAUAAAAUUUUACUGGAACUAGGCUGGUCAAUGUUUGACUCUCAAACAAAUCGGUAUAUGGAUCAACAUUACAUCAACAGCACUUAUCGGCAUUUGAGCAAUGGCCGUUUUGUGGACGACCAAAAACUCAAAUUCAUGUUUGGCGUUUCAGUGUGGGCUUCGCUAGACCAGGCUCUGACGGAAUUUCGAAAAGAUUUGGAUUGGUGUGUGCGGCGAGAUGGCGGUUAUGUUCUGGUUGGCCAUGGAUUGGAGAAUGACUUUAAAUUUCUUGCCAUGCAAAAGUUCAAGUGGCCAGUUGCAGGCGGAAGAGGUAGUCAUAACGAUGUCAGUCGUAGUGCUGUUGUAGCUUCCUUGGAUACAGAAACAUUGUAUGGUGCCUACAGCAAUAGCCUACACAAUCCACCAUCUCUCGGCCGUUCCAUGGAUAAUCUCAAUCUUGAAUCAUGGUGCCUACACAAUGCAGGUAAUGAUAGCCAUUAUACCAUGGAGUUAUUUCUUCAUCUUUGCCAGAAAUACCCGUCCACAAACGCUCAGGCUAGUUAGCGACUGCGCCAAACUUAUCGCAAGAUGAUCACAGUCCCUAUCGUCACCAUUAGUCAUUUUUAUGCUUUCAGUUUUAUUUAUUGACAGCAAUGAAAUAUAUAUUCCAUGACAUGAUCUAUUAUUUGGGUGCGAGGGGUAACAUCUCCCGUACCAGAUAAAAAAACAAGAAACAACAGAUUUACAUCAUCAACCGUAACCAAAACAAAAAAAAAGGUGAAAG